CAGGGCUAUAAAGCCGCCUCGCAGCGGUCUGCGGCUCCUUCCCAGCCCCUGGCCUAGCUCUGCCAACGGUGACUGCCCAUCCUCGGCCGCAAUGAGCCACCACCCAUCGGGCCUUCGGGCCGGCUUCAGCUCCACCUCAUACCGCCGCACCUUCGGGCCACCGCCCUCACUAUCCCCCGGGGCCUUCUCCUACUCGUCCAGCUCCCGCUUCUCCAGCAGCCGCCUGCUGGGCUCUGCUUCCCCGAGCUCCUCGGUGCGCCUGGGCAGCUUCCGUAGCCCCCGGGCGGGAGCGGGCGCCCUCCUGCGCCUGCCCUCGGAGCGCCUCGACUUCUCCAUGGCCGAGGCCCUCAACCAGGAGUUCCUGGCCACGCGCAGCAACGAAAAGCAGGAGCUGCAGGAGCUCAACGACCGCUUCGCCAACUUCAUCGAAAAGGUGCGCUUUCUGGAGCAGCAGAACGCGGCCCUGCGCGGGGAGCUGAGCCAAGCCCGGGGCCAGGAGCCGGCGCGUGCGGACCAGCUGUGCCAGCAGGAGUUGCGCGAGCUGCGGCGAGAGCUGGAGCUGUUGGGCCGCGAGCGUGACCGGGUGCAGGUGGAGCGCGACGGGCUGGCGGAGGACCUGGCGGCGCUCAAGCAGAGGUUGGAGGAGGAAACGCGCAAGCGGGAGGACGCGGAGCACAACCUCGUGCUCUUCCGCAAGGACGUGGACGACGCCACUCUGUCCCGCCUGGAACUAGAGCGCAAGAUUGAGUCUCUGAUGGAUGAGAUUGAGUUCCUCAAGAAGCUGCACGAGGAGGAGCUGCGAGACCUGCAGGUGAGUGUGGAGAGCCAGCAGGUGCAGCAGGUGGAGGUGGAAGCCACGGUGAAGCCGGAGCUGACGGCAGCGCUGAGGGACAUCCGCGCGCAGUACGAGAGCAUUGCCGCGAAGAACCUGCAGGAGGCGGAGGAAUGGUACAAGUCCAAGUACGCGGACCUGUCCGACGCCGCCAACCGGAACCACGAGGCCCUGCGCCAGGCCAAGCAGGAGAUGAACGAGUCCCGACGCCAGAUCCAGAGUCUGACAUGCGAGGUGGACGGGCUGCGCGGCACGAACGAGGCGCUGCUCAGGCAGUUGAGAGAGCUGGAGGAGCAGUUCGCCCUGGAGGCGGGGGGCUACCAGGCGGGCGCCGCGCGGCUCGAGGAGGAGCUGCGACAGCUAAAGGAGGAGAUGGCGCGGCACCUGCGGGAGUACCAGGAGCUCCUCAACGUCAAGAUGGCCCUGGACAUCGAGAUCGCCACCUACCGCAAGCUGCUGGAGGGCGAGGAGAGCCGGAUCUCCGUGCCCGUCCAUUCUUUUGCCUCCUUAAGUAUAAAGACGACUGUGCCUGAGGUGGAGCCUCCCCAGGACAGCCACAGCCGGAAGACGGUUCUGAUCAAGACCAUUGAGACCCGGAAUGGGGAGGUGGUGACAGAGUCCCAGAAGGAGCAGCGCAGUGAGCUGGACAAGUCUUCUGCCCACAGUUACUGAACCCCUUGGUUCAGAGCCUUGACUCUGCCCUAGGCCUGCUCUAAGCCCAAACCCUAACACAACUCCUGAAUUGUCUCCUCUUCCACUGCAUGUGUCUAAAAGGUGGUACCAGGCAUCCCUUUCCUGGCUUAUGGCCAAGCCCUACCCGGCCAGCAGUCGCUGAGCCUCUCCCUGCCCUGACACUUGAUGUGACCUAUGUGCUCCCCUUUUCAUGUCCCGAUAAGAAGCCAAUGAUCCCCCCCCCCCCAGGACAAAUCUACUCCAGCCACGAUGAGACGUGGGUGAGCCAGGGUCUGAGUUUCACGUUUGAACCAAAUAAAAUAUGUCAAGAGAAAACUCUCCAGUGCA